AUGUCGUCUAAUCCCAGUCUAGACCACGGCCAGGAGCACGAGUCGAUGGCGUUGGUGCUGGAGCACCUCGUCUCGUCGGGGCCGAUGCACGAGACGGGCGAUCAGCUGCUGCCAGGCACCUCGGAACACACGGCCAUCACGCCUGCUCCUGUCUCGGUGCAGAAGCAUUCCAGCUGGUGGGGCCGCUUUUUCCCCGGCAGCCUGGAAUCGACCAUGGACCGUCUAUUUGCGAGCUACCACAUGGGCAACUACGUCGCCAUUCGGGGACAGCAGGGGCAAAGGAUCUUUGAGAGCAUGCCCAUCUAUGUGCGCGUGGGAAUGCACCUUCUCUUCUACAAGAGCAAGGAGCAAUCCUUCCUGCGCUACAAGUCGGUGGAAGACCUGCUCAGGACGGUCUCGGUACGUCAGGGCAAGGUGUACGACGACGAGUCAAAUCCUCAGGCGGUGCUGGAGCACAUUCAGAGCUUCAUCAAUACCUACUCUAUCAACCUCGACGAGCUGGUCCAGCCCGACCCGUCGCAGUAUCCCAACUUCAACUCGUUCUUCUACCGCAAGCUGAAACCGGGACUGAGACCCAUCGCCGAGCCAGAGAAUGCGUCGGUGGUCUCGUCGUGUGCGGAUUGCAGGCUGACCGUGUUCAGCGAUGUGGCCGAAGCGACCAAGUUCUGGAUCAAGGGCGACGGCUUCACGUUGAACCGACUCAUUGGCGACACCAACCUGGCCGACCGAUGCUUCCCACCGGGCAGCUCCAUUGCCAUCUUCCGCCUUGCACCCGCCGAUUACCACCGCUUCCACCAUCCUGUGGGGCCCGCCGUGUGUGGGCCGACCAAACACAUUGCGGGCGAGUACUUUACAGUCAACCCACAAGCCGUCAAUGCCGACUUUGACGUCUUCUCCGGCAAUCGAAGGGACGUGCUUGUGCUGAACUGGACACCUAAGGGAGAGGCUGGCCCUUCGAUUCCCGUGGCCUUCGUCGCUAUCGGUGCCAUGCUGGUCGGCUCCAUUGCCUGGACGAACGCCAACCAAGGAUCUUCAGUUCAGCGCGGCGACGAAUGCGGCUUCUAUGCCUACGGCGGCUCGACCAACAUCGCCGUCUUCCCUCCCGAGGCCAAGAUUGAGUGGGACCAGGAUCUGCUCGACAAUUCGAAACAGGGCCUCGAGACCAUGGUUCGCACCGGUGACCGCAUCGGCAUCUCGAACGCCUGA